GAUACGGCGAGAGAAGAAGAAGAGUAGGCACGUAGCAGUGCGAAAAGAAACACAUGUUCGCGCAAAAUCGAUGAAUUAACUGUAAAGGGAAACCGAAUGUAUAUAGAGCAGUGCGCGUUCAGCAAUAUAUAAACACACAUUGUCCGCAAAGAAUUACUGGUAAGGCUUCCUGUAAAAGCCUCCGCAGGACUCCUUGCAAAAAUGGGUAUUACGGAGACAGCAGCAACAACAACUACCGGACUGGGAGCGGCAAACGCAAUGGAGAGCAAAAAAAUUCUCUCGCUCGAGGUGUUCCAGGACAUCUUCAAGCACGUGGAACCGGAAGUGCAGAUCGAUGCCUUCGAGCUGGCCCAGGGCUCCGACCGGGGCGACAACUAUACGGCCGCCCUGUAUCGUAUAAAGCUAACCGGAAAGCGGAGGAGCCUCCAAUGGGAACAGAACAUCAUCUGCAAGGUGAUGCCGGAAAGUCUAGUCGCCCGGGAGGCCUACAAGAGCGACAAGCUCUUUCGCAAUGAGGUGCAGUUCUACAACACCAUCAUGCCUGAACUGCUCAAGUUCCAGGCCAGCAAAACAAACCAGGACACUCCCGUGUUCAAUGCCAUUCCAAAGUGCUAUUCAGCCAGGCAUGAUCUGCUCAUAAUGGAGGAUCUUCGCGAACGUGGCUUCCAGAUGUCCGACCGCCACAAAGGCCUCAGUCUGGAGGAGACGCAGUCCGUCCUGCUGCAGGUGGCACAGCUGCACGGCCUUAGCCUAGCCUACAAGUUCGAGAAACCGCUGGAGUUCAGCAAGUUGUGCAGCAUGAUCAGCGAGGGCAUCUUCUGCACGGCCAAUACGAGUUGGUAUCGAAACUACUACGAGCGCCUUACCAAGAACGCCAUUCAGAUGGUGUCCGAGGUGCUGCCCCCUGACUCCAAGUACGUCAUAGCCAUGAACAAAUUUGCGGAAAGCUCCUCUUUCUUCGGCCGGAUGGUGAAAUUGGCCAGUGCCGAGUCGCCGUUAUCCGCCAUUUGCCACGGCGACUGUUGGGUGAACAACUUUCUGUACCACUAUGAUCCGCAGGAUCCGCAGCGGGUGCUGGAGGUGGCCCUUCUCGACUUUCAGCUGAUACGCUACAGCUCCAUCGCCCUGGACAUUGCCAAUCUGCUAUAUUGCUGCACCACCAAGGAAAUGCGGGAUGCUCAGCUGCAGACUUUGCUCAAGACCUACACGGAGGAGCUGUUUCGAUGGCUGCAAAUUCUGUGCACAACUUUGCCGGACCACUGCGACACAUUACAGAAGUUACAGGACCUUUUCGCCGAGGAGCUAAAGACAUACGGCCGCUUUGCUCUUGGCCUGGCAUUGGAUAUCCUGCCAAUAAGCACAUGCUCUUCGGAGGAUGCCCCCGAUAUGUACUUAGAUCGAAGCGAUGAACUCAAGGAGGAUGUGGGCGCGCCAACGCUCAACUUUCCACCCAACGACCUGUGCCGCCAGAAGAUGUCGGAGAUAGUCAUAGAUAUGGUGGAUCGGGACAUGCUCUAGGCCACCCUGCAAUCCAAAUUGAACACUAGCAGUCUGUCCAAAAAACAACAAUUUUAAAUAAUAUACCGGCUCAGAUAGCGUGCUCCAGUUAGUGCUCACUUAACCUCUAGAUACACGCGAGAUAGUACGUUUAGAGUACCAACGCUACCUUUAUGUUACGUUUCUGUAGCAGCCAAUUCCUUGCCCCUGCGUCCCAGGUUGGACUUUGUGUAGUCAGAGUUAACACUUGCCCGUAUUAAAAAAUUUAUUCUCGUUUUAGUUAAUAAUUUGUACUGAUAGAUGAGCAAAGAAAAGAACGCCAAAAUAGUAAAUAGCCCUUGUUUAUUGUUUUAGCUUUCGUUUAAUUUUUGAUACCCUUUGUCGAUGGAACUUUACCAAAUAGGUAUUUCCGGAAAAUUAAAAUAUCAAUUGCGCUUACUUUGUCGAAAUGCAAUUUGGCACAGGGCCUUUGAAAUGGACAGGAAUGGCGAAAAUGCACUAUUCGAUCUAGCCGUAGCUAAAAUGAACAAUACAUUUGUUGAACUUAGCUUAAAAACCAGACAAUAGAAAGCUUGUCUAGGCGUAUUGUGUUUUUCUAAAGUAUUCUUUACACAAAGUAAUAAAGUAUAACUGAAGAUA